GCAGUUCAAAUCAUGUUAAAAUGAUUCAUCUUGUUCGCAUUCGCACAUGCCGAGUAGAAUGAAUUCGAGCCAGUAUACCACGGUAUACAUCGCGAGUUUUAUAAUGUUAUAAUGUUUACUAGCAACGUUCCAACAUGACUGAAGAAAUUAAAAAUUUCUCUGAUUUAAAACUGAAUUCUUGGCUCCUUGUGCAAUGCGAAUCUAUGGGUUUGAAAAAGCCAACUCCAAUUCAACAGAAUUGCAUUCCUCGAAUACUGAAAGGCGAAGAUUGUAUAGGUUGUGCCAAGACAGGUAGUGGCAAGACUUUGGCAUUUGCUCUUCCUAUUCUGCAAAAAUUGUGUGAGGAUCCAUACGGUAUAUUUGCUCUUGUGUUAACACCAACGAGAGAAUUAGCUUUUCAGAUUGCUGAUCAAUUUGCUGCUAUUGGCAAGGCUAUCAAUCUGAAAAAAUGUGUAAUUGUUGGUGGUAUGGAUAUGGUGGUGCAAGGAUUGGAGUUGUCAAAACGGCCGCAUAUAGUUGUAGCUACACCAGGUCGACUGGCAGAUCAUUUAGAUAGCUGCGAUACAUUUUCCUUGCAAAAGAUUAAAUUUUUAGUGUUGGAUGAAGCCGAUAGACUUCUCAAUGGUCAUUUCGACGAACAGCUGAAGAAAAUAUUUGCUGCAUUACCCAAGCAGAAACAAGUAUUGUUCUUUAGCGCUACAAUGACAGACACACUUGAUAAAGUAAAGAAAAUGACUUCUGAUAAGGUAUUUACGUGGCAAGAAGAAGAUGACGCCGGUAUUGCCACUGUAAAGGAAUUAGAUCAACGUUACGUGUUGUGUCCUAAGGAUGUGCUCGAUUCAUAUCUGGUAGAAGUAAUUAGGACGUUUCGCGCCACUAACAAGAACGGCUCCAUCAUGAUAUUCACGGACACUUGCAAACACUGUCAAUUAUUAUCAAUGACAUUGAAUGAUGUUGGAUUCACAAAUGUGGCUCUUCAUGCAAUGAUAAAGCAAAAAGAACGUUUAGUAGCGCUGAAUAAAUUCAAAUCGAAUCAUGUACAAAUAUUAAUCGCUACCGAUGUUGCAGCCAGAGGCCUGGAUAUCCCUACAGUACAAUUAGUCGUUAAUCAUGUAAUACCAAAUGUACCAAAGGAGUACAUUCAUAGAGUCGGUAGAACAGCUCGCGCAGGUAAAAACGGUAUGGCGAUAAGUUUAAUAACUCCACACGAUAUAAAGUUAUUACACGCGAUCGAAGAUACCAUAGGUACUAAAUUAACAGAAUACAAAGUCGAUGAUAAAGAAAUCGUAACAAUCUUAACACAAAUAUCAGUGGCAAAACGAGAAGCGGAAAUCAAAUUAGACGAAACUGACUUUUACGAAAAGAAAAUGAUCAACAAGCGAAAAAAGUUAAUCUUAGAAGGUUUGGAAGACCAAGAGCCAGAUGAGAUAGAUACUAUCAAAGAGAGAAAGGAACGUAAGAAAAGAAAAAAAAAUUAAAAUCUGAUGAAACAAAAUAACAAUAUAUAUGUAUGUGAUAAAACGCAAAAUGUAUAAUGUACAAUUUAUGCCAGUUAAUAUAACUCGUGGUACAAUAAUAAAUA